UGGUGUUGUUGAUGAUGGUGUUGCCAAUGUCCGUCUCGUUGUGUAGGAAAUGCAGGGCCAGAAGUAUCCCUUCCGUACUCGUCGCAUAUGUAACGCACCGAGCAGCAACUCUUUCGGUACAUCUCUCUUAACGUGCCAGGCCGUGUCAUGCUUCCUCCCUUCCUCUUGUCCAGCUCUUCCCUCCCAUCACAUCUCGACUCGGCAUCCCUUCCAGUUCCCGUCCGUGAUCUUUUGGCACUUUGCCCUUUUCUCUGUCAGGUACGGUACGCCUCAUCGACGCCUCAAAAGCCGUAGAGUCCCUUCACUCCCCCUCCAUGUCCAGCCCACUACUCGCUUCUAGUCAGCCUUAGCGCGUCAUCGUGGAGAGGUCCCUUUGUGAAGUCGUUCCCCCCCGUGUCCGGGGCCUU